GCGCAGUCAGGAGAUGGAGGAGGAUCUAUGAUCGCUGGCAAGGGGACAUGGGGCAGCAGCCAGCCAGAACUGACACCUAUUGCGGGCCGACCCAGCGCCCUGCCCGGGAAUAACCUGUAAUUACUCCCUUUUCUCCGGCAACAAGGAAAUAUGGCUGCCAUGCUUGUGAGGGGUUGUGUUCUUCGGAGCUCGUGGGCUGCUAGGAGCCCGCACGUCUGGGGCCGGGGAGAGAGCAUGAAGGGUAAUCUUGCUGAACGCGUAUGUUUAAGCUGCACUUCUCUGCGGCUGGCGAACCUCAGAAAUUUUCAGACUUGCACUUCCGCCCAUCCUGUUUACAUUUCGUUCUGGAAAGGGAAUAAUGGCUGUUCACGGACAAACGCAUCCGGAAGAACGUACUUUAGAAGCCGGAACCCUUAUGAGACAUGGAUGACUCCCGCUAGCGCGGCUAGCACCGGGCCGCAUUAUUACGCAGCGAGAGGUUUGCACACCUCGCGCUCCCUUUUUGAUGACUCUGUGGUUGAAAAGUCGCUAAAGUCUUUGAAGGACAAAAAUAAGAAGUUGGAAGAAGGAGGACCUGUAUAUAGUCCUACAGACGCAGAGCCUGUAAAGAAGUCCAUAGGGCAGAAAGUGAUGGACGAGUUAAAGCACUAUUACCAUGGCUUUCGGCUUCUGUGGAUCGAUACUAAAAUAGCAGCUAGAAUGACGUGGCAAAUUCUCAACGGACACGUCUUGUCUCGGAGAGAAAGGAGACAGUUCCUGAGGAUAUGCGCCGACCUCUUCCGCCUGGUUCCCUUCUUGGUAUUUAUUAUCGUCCCCUUCAUGGAGUUCCUGCUGCCAAUUGCACUGAAGCUGUUCCCAAACAUGCUGCCAUCAACAUUUGAAACCGUUUCAAAGAAGGAGGAAAGGUUAAAGAAGGAGCUGCGGGUAAAACUGGAAGUGGCCAAGUUCUUACAAGAUACCAUUGAGGAAAUCGCGUUAAGGAACAAAGCUGCCAAGGGUGACGUUACCAAUGAAUUUUCCAAGUUUUUCCAAAAGAUCCGCAGUUCUGGAGAAAGGCCCACGAACGAGGAGAUUGUGCGUUUCUCCAAGUUGUUUGAAGACGAGCUGACCCUGGACAACCUGACGAGACCUCAGCUCGUGGCGCUGUGUAAGCUCGUGGAACUGCAGUCAAUCGGGACGAAUAACUUCCUGCGUUUCCAGCUCACCAUGAAACUCCGAUCUAUUAAAGCAGAUGACAAACUGAUCGCCAAUGAAGGGGUGGAAAGCCUGAAUGUGAAAGAGCUGCAAGCCGCCUGUCGUACGAGGGGAAUGAGAGCGCUUGGAGUCACAGAGGAACGCCUAAGAGAUCAGCUUAAUCAGUGGCUGGAACUCCAUUUGAAUCAGGAAAUUCCCACAUCAUUGCUCCUUUUGUCCAGAGCUUUGUAUCUCCCUGACACACUGUCACCAGCUGAUCAGCUCAAAACAACCCUGCAGACUUUGCCGGAAAGUGUGGCAAAGGAAGCCCAGGUUAAAGUGGCUGCAGUUGAGUGUGACAAGGUGGACAAUAAGACCAAACUUGAAGCAACACUCCAAGAAGAGGAGGCGAUCAGGAAAGAAAAUGAGGAGAAGGAGAUGGAGAGGUUGGCUGACGCAGCUAAAGAAAGCUUACAGGCGGCAGCCAAGGCGGAAACACAGGCUGUGCAUGACGCGGAGCCGGCAUCAGGAGAUGUGGACAAAAGUCCUGUAAGUGAGCCAGAAGUAGUUCAGAUUACCACGCCUGAGGAUCCUGAAGUUUUGAAAGAUAAGGCUCCAGUCUUGGAGGGCACUAAGGGUGAAGAGAUAACCAAGGAAGAGAUCGACAUACUCAGCGACGCAUGCACUAAACUUAAGGAACAGAAGAAGCUUCUGACAAAGGAAAAGGAGGAGCUGUCCGAGCUAAAGGACGACGUGCAGGAAUAUUGUGAGGACUUGGAAGAAAUCAAGAAGGAACUGUCGAAGACCGGCCAAGAGAUGGUGGUGGAAGAGUCUAAGGCGAGCAAGAGAUUGACAAAGAGGGUAAACCGGAUGAUCGGGCAAAUCGACAAAAUCAUCACAGAGCUGGAGAAUGAGGAGAAGGUCUUUGAUGGGCACGUGCAGGGUGAAUCUGCCCCUCCAGUUGGAUUGUAUUUCGCCUUUAGGGAGAACCUCGUCAGCAUCGGUGAACUCAUCAAUAUUAUGAAGCAAAUCCAGAAGAUUCCAGAGCAGAAAUUGCUGAGAAUCGCAGAGGCACUUGAUGAAAACAAGGAUGGCAAAAUUGAUAUCGAUGAUGUAGCCAAGGUUGUGGAAUUAAUAGACAAGGAAGACAUAGACAUCUCCACCAGUCAGGUUGCGGAGAUCAUAGAACUUCUGCAGAAGGAGGAAAAGCUGGUGGAGGCAGAGAAGGCGAAGGAUAAGGCAGAGAAGGAACAGACGGCAGAACUGCAGAACUAGCCACAUCCGCUGGACCCGAAGCAUCCAUUCGUAUCUCCUUGUCCUAUCUCGCCUUGUAAAUGUAUCCCUUGGGCUGCUACCGUGUCUCAUGUUUCUAUUGCUUUGAGGUGACUUCAUUGCCGAGCUGCCGUCGAUGUGCACUGUGUGUGAAGUGAAAUAAAGGCUUCCGCGUUCGAA